AUGCCUUCAGGACUACAAAGACUCCUUUCAAAACUAAAGCCCAAGCAACCCCAGGAGGGCGUCCAGCCUGUUCGUGUCGGCCCCCUCGGCUCGAACAAGAUCAUUUACAUCACCACUCACUUUGACCCUGUCACCGACAAGAGCGUCAUCCUCUGGAACGAUAUCCUCGUAGUCUACCCCAAUGCGCUCUUUAUCCAGCAAGAUUCGCGAGUCCUUCCCUUCCUCAAAGGCAAAGACUUUCAAUAUCUUGAACCUCGGAGAGUCGCUGCCAUCCCCGCCGUCGUUCUGGAAGUGAUCGUGGACAACCCAACAACGACAACAAUCCGACCAGAGCACACCAGCCCCAUGUCAGACAUCGGGUCAACAACCACAUUUGCAACAACUACAACUCUAACUGAUCACUACUUCAACAACAACAACACAAACAUCGACAAAGCACGGACAGAUAACUUGAAAACAGAGAUCGAGGAGCCGGACGACACUCAUCCAGAACCCACCCAUACCAUUCAUACCCGCACCCACGCUGGAGGAGCAAUUCCAACAAUCGCCCCCACUUCCCAUACUCAAAACAAGAGCGAUGUUUCCAUUGCAAAGAACAACAGCUCACUUCUCCCAGGCUCACUUCCCCCCAGCUCACAACACGCCGCCGUCGUUCCCGCACAGACACCAAUCAAGGUUAGUCGACUUUCGGACACUUCGCCUCCCCCUCCUGCACCGCCAAGCAAGAAUGGGAACACUCUCAACCAGACCCACAGCAACCCUUCCUCAGCAAUGGACGGUGUUCUAGACAAGGCCAAUAAAGGAAACGCUGAAGCCCAAAUCGAGGUCGCUCGUCGUUACGGAACUGGCCAGGGCGUCCCCCAGAACCUUGAAAAGGCCUUGGAAUGGUAUAUAAAGGCAGCCCAGCAAGGAAACAUCAAUGCCCAGUGCUGUGUCGGGUUCAUGUAUGAGCGAGGUCAAGGUGUCACACGAGACGAGGCCAAGGCGAUGUCAUGGUACCUCAAGGCGGCCUUGCAAGGAAACCCGCCUGCCCAGAUCAACGUUGGAUUCAUGUACGAGCGAGCACAGGAGUACUCAAAGGCGAUCGAUUGGUACCACAAGGCGGCUGUACAGGGGUUCUCUCAGGCGCAGACGAACCUGGGAUUCUUGUACGAGCAUGGAAAAGGCACGGUACAAAAUUAUCCUAAGGCAAUCGAGUGGUACCUCAAGGCUGCUGAGCAGGGCGCUACAGGGGCGCAGAUGAACCUGGGCUGUCUGUACCAUUAUGGACGAGGGGUUCCGCAGGAUCUUACAAAGGCCAUGGAGUGGUACCAAAAGGCAGCUGUUCUUGGCGAUCCGCAAGUGCUGCACCAGAUAGAGAUUCUUAAGAAGCAGACCAGCUCACGAAAAUAA